AUGUUAUUUACCACCUUUUUAGUCUUGUUUGUUAUUGUUCUUAUCCAUGUGGCAUCAGCCUCCGAUAUUAAUGAUUGUUCUGUCCCAGAUGAUAUCCAGCCUCCUAAAAAUGUUCAUUAUCUUCAUCCAAGUCAUAUUAAAGUCAUUGCUAGCAUUGGAGAUAGUAUUACUGCAGGAGUGGCUGCAAUGAAUAUCGAUUCUGAAUUUGUUACUGAAGAUGAUUUUAAACAAUAUCGAGGAUUAAGUUGGCUAAGUGGUGGGGAUCCUGGUGCAUCUUCCAUUGCCAAUUAUAUCAAACAUUAUUCUUCCGAUUUAUUUGGAAGUUCCACUGGCGUAAGACAAUUGCCACUCUGUGAAAAAACCUUUUUCUGUUUAACUUAUCCUCAUGAAUUUGAACAAGAUCAAUUGAAUGCUGCUAUUCCUUCAGCUGUCAGUAAUACUAUUGAAGAACAAGUCGAUUAUAUUAGUAAAUACAUUGGUGUCGAUUCAUCUCAAAGUCAAAACUGGAAACUCAUUAAUAUCUUUAUUGGUACCAACGAUAUUUCUGUCUCUUGUAUGCCUGACUAUCGAGCUGCUAACUAUGAAAAGAAUAUUCGCGCUGGUUUGGCUCGUUUGAAAGAAAAAGUAGAUCAUGCGGUCAUUAAUAUAGUUGGACUUGUUCAUACAGAGCAAAUCAUUGGAUUAACUGACAAGCAACCUGGAUACAGAAAAUACUUUCAAGAUCAAAAAACAGAUCCUCAACUUUUUGAAUGCAUGUGUUGUCGAUUACCUGGCUUGGGAAAAAUCGAUAUUGGACUUCAUGUCGACAGAUUCAACAAAAUUUUACAAAGCGUUGCUAAGGAAUAUGGUCCUGAUGGUACUCUCGGCUCUGAUUCUUUUACUGUGGUAUAUCAACCUUUCCCCCUCAAUAUUAAAUCCAUCCCUCCAACUGCUAUUAGUAACUUGGAUGGCUAUCAUCCAAAUAUCAAUGCUCACCGCUUCUUUUCAAAGGCUUUAUGGAAAGAAUUAUUUUUACCCAAGGCUAAAAAGUAUACCACUUUAGAUUAUAAAGAAGAUGAAGAUUUCUAUUGUCCUACAGCAACUGAUAGAAUUAGAACAGAUUGAUCUUUAUUAUUACCAUCAGUCUUGUUAUUUUUAUUUUAGUUAUCCAUGUUGUUGUUGUUUUUUACAUAUGUAUCUAUACAUUGAUACCCUCCCUCGGCUUACAAUAUUAAU